AUGAUGGCGGCGGUGCAUCGACAGUGGAAACAGCACAGAAGACGAAGGUGCGAUCACUGGUACAAGAAAUUAAUUUGCCUGCAACAGCAGCAGCAGCAGCAACAGCAGCAGCAGCAGCAGCAGCGGCAGCAGCAGGUACUCAGGCACUCCUUUAGUUUCGCCGGAGGUGUCCUAACGCCAUCGUCGUGUUCACCUUAGUGAGAUUGCCUCUUAUCCCUGCACCUAAAAAAAUUUGAAGGAGACGCUAAAAUGGAACAAAAUUAAACGUCCUGCCGAAGCCGAAAUAAAUGGUAUCUACUGGAUGUCCUUAAUCCGUGGCCUUUGACAAAUGUUCCAGCCACGUAAGCGGGUUUGUGAGCAGAGCGUCUUUUCACAGAAGCCAUGUUGAACUGAAUUCACGUGAUAGCAGAAUGUAUCGAGCGAUGUAAUUGAUUCUUUAAUUAUCCCUUUCACCAGCUUGCAGUGAAUUCAAGUCAGACUCGCCGGUCUGCGGUUGGUGUGAUAUAUUCGUGAUCCCCCCUUGCGGAUGGGUACACCGUUUGUCAUCAUCCUUGUCUCAGAAAGUAUACCUGCCUCCAACGAUUUUUGGAAGAUUAUACAGAGUGGUUCUGCUAAUUCUUCAGCUUUUUAACGUAGGAGUACACCUGGGGUCUCAUCUAGUCCAGGUGACUUUGCCGGAUCCAGCCUAUUUAACUCUGCGGUGUAAAUAAUAGUGUGUUUAUAAAUGCGUGGUUGACGAGCUGUGGCAGAGAGCAAGACUGACCCAAAUUCUGCUAAGUUGGACUGUUAGUCUCUACCAAAUGGCAAAAUUUUGCGUUCGAAGACAGUUUGCAGCAGAGAUGCGCUGAACCAGAAUAGGAGUCAGCUUAGCUCACGACACGAGUUAGUACGGCCGAGCAGGGUCAGUGUAAGCCCAAAGUUACUGUCGCACACGAGAGUCGAGGUGGCCUACCCAGAAAAUGCGCCUUCAUACCGCAUUAGCCGCCGAGUCAAAUCCGACCAUUAGCUGAGUGAUGGGCUCGGACAGAGGAAUAUUGCACAGGGAAAGGCAGAUGAGAGGAGGUCGACAAUAAGGAAUUCACAUCCACAAAAAAUCAGUUCGUUGCUCACUAUUAUAAGGCUGACGUUUUAGAGUCUAUCGCAGUGCGCCGGGAGUCGGCGCUUGGAAGGUCGCUAAGUGACGGAUGACUCAGCCAUCGCAAGGACUCGGAGUCAGACUCAAGGCCUCCUUCCUUAAGUGGUUACUACAGUAUUCCCAAUAAUGCGAGAUCUGAGCAGCCAUCACGAACAGACGACAGGUGUUAUGGGAGGGGGUCUUUGUGAGGCACGCGUAGACAGGCCGUUCAAAUUUGUCAGCCACCAAGGCCUCGACCACGUCCGUUCGCCUUGACACUGUCCGUCAUCCGUGCGAGGUGAGUUAGGAGGGAGAGAGCGCAGCAUUUGGCGCUCAAGCCUGCUAAUUUAUAAAUAUACUGAUUCGCUGUUCAACGUCCUGCGUCCACUCGGUGGGCCAUGCGGUAGGCGUUGCCGAACUCGACGGUCGAAAUGUCAAGUCUGUUUCUUGUGUCAUCAUCGAGAAUUUUAUACAAAUGUCCAAACUGAUUUCUGCAGCAGCUUCACAUGAAAUGCUGACUAAUGUCUCCCAUCUGAGAAGGUGUUUGAAUCGUGGUCCUAUAAUGGAAAAAUUAGUUUAUUUUGCACACGAAGCAUGGGAUACUUCCUCCACUCAAGUCUUUGUAAGAGCCAGCGAAACAAGUAAACUGUAAAAUAACGCUCAGUCAGUCAAAAUAUAUGCCACAACAACGGGUGCUAGAUUCAGUCGCAAGCAAAAUUUAGUUAUAAAAGGAGUACCCGAAUCAACGGCAGCAAUUCCAAAGGAGAGAGUUAAACAUAACUUUGGCCUUCUUCAUGUGUAUGCGAAAGCUUUGUUAAGAGACAAUGGGUCGUUUAAUGUUCUCAAAUUCAUUCGAAUAGGGAAGACUCAGUCAGCGUUCGGUUCCAAUUCCCGGCCACGACUCCUAAAAGUCAUUUUGCAGACCGAAGCACAGGCACAACUCCUGUAACAGAGAAAAUCAUAUCUGCGGGGUCAGCAUCCUGAAGUUUUUGUCGGCCGGAUUACGAGCCAAAAGAGCGAAUGAAAAUGAGAGAGCUGAUGACGGAGCUGGAAAGGCGGAGAAGCAGCGGCGAAACUCACCUACAAAUCAAGAAUGGGCAAAUAAUUCAGGUCAAAAGGACAUUUCUCUGGUCGAAGGCCGUCAUUCUGACAGCCUAACCAAUGCAAAGGUGCCAACUCCUGAGGCUGCUAGCACCGGUGGCCGCUGUCUAGAAAUCUAUUACACUAACUAUCAGAGUCUCCUCAAGAAGCUAGAUGAAGUCAGAUUGCUAGUCUCUGAACAGAAGCCUCACAUACUUGUCCUAACCGAGACAUGGUUGACUGAGGAAAUAAGUAGUAGCGAAGGCAGUAUUGGAGGUUACCAACUGUUCCGUUGUGACAGAUUUCAGCGAAGAGGAGGAGGCACACCGAUUUAUGUGUCCAAUGAAAUUCCGUGCUGUCAACGAGAAAUAUCCGAUGGGGCGUCGUGAAAUUUUGAAAUAAUUUCAUGCAGGAUAUGUGCCAAACAAUCACCGACAAUUAAUCUUUCUGUUGUCUAUCGGCCUCCCAGCUCGAAUGAAAUCGCCGAUAUGGGAUUGCUUAGUGCAAUGGAGUUGUUAUGUAAGCAGGAGAACUUACUACUUCUGGGUGACUUGAACGCUGCAGUAAUAGAUUUGAUAAUUCAGUUAACAAACGCCCCGUCCACGUCAUUUGACCACAAGCUACUACAACGCUCCCUGAAUGACUACUUCAUUCAACCCAUAAAAUUUGGAACAAGGCUGAGAGAAGGAUAACGAUCUAACUGUUUAGAUCUCGUUUUCAGUAAAGAAGAAGGAGUCAUAAGAGAUGUGAAUCCACAACCUCCACUCGGUUUAGGCGAUCAUAUUGCUUUUACUUUCGUGUGCUCUCUCCUAUCGAGCCAACAAACAAGAAUCAAAAGGCGCAUAUAUAUUUGGAAGGGUGACUUUAACGCAAUGAGACGUGCUGUUUUGAAGGAAACCUGGGUAGUCAACAUGGAAAAUCCCGAAGAAUUCUGGCAGUACUUUCGAGGGAUUAUAGAGCGUCUAAUUGACUCCCUUUGUCCCAUAAAAAUAACAAGACCAUGAUCGCGACCGCCGUGGGUCAAUCCGACGACAAAAAGGACCAUGAAGAAGACACAGAGGCUGUGGAAAAAGUAUUUGCAUCUUCGAGAUCCAAUGUCAUUCGCCGAAUAAAAGGAUCGACGCAAUAAAUGCCGCAAACAAAUACAGGUUGCUAGAACUUCUUUCGAGCGCCGACUGAUAGCAGAAUCCGCUACGUAUCCCAAGAAGUUUAACGGGUUGAUCCGCAGUAGGAGAAAACAUAGGGGAGGAAAUUGCGUGUCUAAAGGAUAGCCUCGGAAACUUUUUAGUUGAAGGGCCACAGGAAGUGCAAUUACUCCCUCAGUUUUUUUCAAUUGGUUUUUACGGAGGGUCCUCUGAAGUCAAUCAGCAGUUUGAAAUGGACCGAGACAGCCGGGAGCUUCAAAUGCGACAAGAUACUGCCGUCAUUGAGACCGUUGCCUUUUCCGUCGAAGAAGUAAGACGCGUCGUCAGUCAAAUAAAACCAGACAAGUCUCCUGGACCCGAAGAAAUUCUUGGGCCGAUACUUAAGGAGCUACUGGCGGCGCUGUCAAAGCAUCUUUCGACCCUCUUUGUGCUGUCAAUGAGAACAGGAAGGCAGCCCUCAUAGUGGAAGACAGCUAACCUCGUUCCAUUGCAUAAGGGAUGUAGCAGGAUGGCAGCAAGCAGCUUGAGGCCUAUUAGCUUAACUUGCCUCUCAUGCAAAACGAUGGAGGCUCUAGUCAAGAGUGCUAUACAGCAAUUUUGUGAAGAAAAUAACAUCUUGCAGGAUUUUCAGCAUGGCUUCCGGAGAGGAUGUUCCCGCCUCUCAAAUCUGCUAGCUUUUCUGGACCAGGGCUCUAGAAGAGGGUUUUGAGGUCGAUGUCGUGUACAUCGAUUUCCGCAAAGCUUUUGACACUGUCCCGCACCAAAGUCUUCUUCACAAAUUGAGCACCAUCGGCAUCCGGGGAGAUCUUCUGAACUGGAUAGGGGCGUUUCUGGUUGGUCGGAAACAGCGUGUCCGCAUCGGAGUUGAUAUGUCAGAAUGGGUGAACGUGACCAGUGGUGUGCCUUAAGGCCCAGUUCUGAGACUAUUGCUCUUAAUCCUUUACGUUAAUGACAGCCUUCAGGAACUCGUAUGCGGCAAAAUAAUGUUUGCCAACGACGUUAAGCUCUGGCAAGUCAUUUAGAGUCCUUACGAUCAGAGAUCCCUUCAGGAUAAUCUGCACCGACUGCAAGCGUGGUCGGAGAAAUGGCUUCUAGAUUUCAAUGUGGAGAAGUGUGCCAAACUUCAUCUGCGUCCAGCCAACUCCCAUUCAAAUGAGAGCCUGAGGACCUAUCACCUGAAAGAUAUAAGGUUCCCCACAGAAUCUUCACAGAAGGAUCUCGGGGUUUGGAUACAGAACAACCUGAUACCAACACUGCAGUGCCACAAGGCUGCAAAAAACGCCAUGGGACUGCUGCAUGCAAUCAAAAGGCCGUUCGUAUCCUUUGACCAAGACCUUUUUGGGAGAGGUUACAGCACAUUUGUUCGGCCCCACUUAGAAUAUGGCAUACAAGCAUGGCGGCCAUGGCUGGUAAAUGACCAAGAAUGCCUCGAACGGGUACAACGGCGUGCAACAAAGCUGGUAAACGGUCUAAAAAGCCAUUCCUACACAGACAGACUGAAUUGCUUUAAUUUAUUCCCUCUGUGUUACAGGCAGCAAAUAGGUGAUCUUAUCCUCAUCUACAAGAUAGAGCAUGGACUUGAGCAUGGACUUACCUUUGAGGACAUGUUUCAGUGGCACCUUCCACCCAAUCUUCGCGGUCACUCGAAGACGCUACGGACAACAAUGUCCAGGAUGAAUCUUCGUUCUGAAUUUUUCGCGCAAAAGGUAGUGGAGAAAUGGAACGAUCUCCCUCAGUCAGUCAUGGAGGCGACGUCGACGCAACUCUUCAAGAAACGUUUGGAUGAUUAUUUGUGUCCCCCGUUUUCCCUCGACAGUCUGUGUCUCAACUACAUACCCCGCGAAACCGCACAUCUUUUCUCUGAAACAAUGCUACCCAAAUGAACUAAGUACUGUUUUAAUAGCGAAUAUUUUCAUUGUUCGUGUACAGGUAUUUCUAACGAGCUGACAUGUAAUCAAUAGGGUUUUCAAAGGCUUUGCCUAUUAUCCUUGCCCAAUAAGCUGAAAUAAACUGAAUUUGCAAAAGUGGUCAGAUUCUCUUGUGACCUACGAUCAACAAUAUACAUUUCCGCGUAGACUUCAAGAAUUUUAGUCAUUUUUAACACGUGAUCUUCCCACCAAGAAGGGCCCUGCGAUAUGUUUACUCUACACAAUGUGGAGUAACUUUAAAAUAAGUGCGGUUUGCUACUGUCAGUAACUUUAUUUGAAGGCAAUUGUGAGGCAAUUGAAAUUUUGUCGUGAUAUUGCUUACAGUGAAAGCAGACUUGCGCAGCAUCUAUUGCACUCUCUUCUCCUCCCCUACCUGGGCCCGGUGUCAAGCCAGAGUCAAGAGGUCGUUGGCCCACCAGUGGGUCCACCAUCAUCGCACAUUUGUUUUCCCAUAUAUACACCUAUUUACGUAUUCAACCUGUCUAUCUUCCACAUAAAUGACAACGCGAACUUUAAGCAAAUGCUAAAGGACUUGACCCUGCAGAGUUUGUCCUUUAAUAUGUACGUGGCCGUAGGACGGACUACGGUAGUAAAAAGAACUGGUGGUAAAUUUUGCCCCAUGAACCAUUUUGCGUAAACAGUAAUUCUUACUGCAAGUCGAUCACUAAACAUACAGCCGAAUCGUGUUCUCGUUCUAGAGGAAAUAAAGUCGUCAUGUCACACUUAGUGUUGCAGGAACCAGUCAGAUCAACUAGUUGAGACUCCUAUUUCACCGGUUUUAGGGAAACCCGUAAUAGUAGUUUCAAUAAAUCUCUAACUUUCAAAGGUCCGCCUAAAAAGGCUUUUCGUUUCGUGCGCAAAUUUAGAAUACGAAUUUCUAUACGCUCCCUGGUACGUUUUCGAUAUCUCCAAGACAAUUCGUUUGCCCAUGAAUUCGUAGGCUCAGAAACUCUGAUACUUUUUCAACCAGUCAGCGGUUCCCUGAUAAAGUCGAAUCUACGAAGUCGAAUGUUAGACGAGACCAUUGACCACCUAAGCUAGCGUCAAAUCCUGUUUUAUUGUAGGAAAGGUGGCACAUGUGCGUCUGUGCGCAUGUUUGUGUUUCUGGUCGCAGCUGCUGGUGGUCAGGGUUAUGAUUGGCUGAAUGAAGGCAGAAUAAGCCCGAAACAGUGCUGUAUCAAUCUACCCGCAUUCUCUGUCGUCCCUCCUCGCUGCUAUUAUGACUUGGCCGACUUCGGCCUGGUAAUUGGUUGCCUGUUCGUGACCUUUGCCACACAUACGGAGCUUGUUUGCUUUGUGAAGCCAAUAGAUCGGUGUGCGCCCAUUCCUGAUUGAUAAAUACCCGAUCUGCAGCGACAGAGAAUGACAGGUGGCGAGGCACUGAUGAACUUCGGUUCGAUGAAGUGCUUAUGACCCAUCUGGUAGGCCUCAGUGGCGGACCGACUGCGCCAGGUGCGUCCGUGCGCAUGUUUGUGUUUCUGGUCGCAGCUGCUGGUGGUCAGGGUUAUGAUUGGCUGAAUGAAGGCAGAAUAAGCCCGAAACAGUGCUGUAUCAAUCUACCCGCAUUCCCUGUCGUCCCUCCUCGCUGCUAUAUAUAUAUAUAUAUACAUAUAUAUGCAGAAUGAUAUUACCGACAAAGACAAGGGAGACUGGAAUGGCCAUUUCUGGCUUAUUAGCCGUCGUCAGCCAGCCAUACCCAAGCCCGAAGUGUGGAACACCCGAGCCUCGAACUCGCGACCUGUUGGUUUAGAAGUCAACGCCUCUACUCACCGGACAACGAGCCGGUUGCCUUGUCGGUUUUCGAUCGGGAAUAUACAGUGUUAGGGGGCGCUCACCGAUCAUUCAUACGGAACUCACUCGUUCCGUUGUGCCUUAUGGACUCUCUCUCGAGCCCAACCAGCAGCCGCACAGCGGCGCAUGAUAUAUAGGCAGAAUGAUAUGGCUGGCUGACGACGGCUAAUAAGCCAGAAAUGGCCAUUCCAGUCUCCCUUGUCUUUGUCGGUAAUAUCAUUCUGCCUAUAUAUCAUGCGCCGCUGUGCGGCUGCUGGUUGGGCUCGAGAGAGAGUCCAUAAGGCACAACGGAACGAGUGAGUUCCGUAUGACCGAUCGGUGAGCGCCCCCUAACACUAUAUAUAUAUAUAUAUAUAUAAUACAAAGCGCAGACUCGCUCCCUCGCGCUGCGCUAUGAGCAAGUUCGCGUCGACGCGUGAACCUCGGCGACUUUUCGGACGCGUGUGCGUGCGAACCUGUUUGCAGACGCCGGAAUGCAAUGACCGUUUUUGUAGGCAUGGCUGUUGGUGGGCUUGAUUAUGCGGUGACAACGUCUGGUGGGUCAACAUAUCUGACCUGACAACAACAACAACAACACUACCAAGUGUCAGUCAACUUGUUGAAUUCCUGAGUGCAUUGUUUUUGCAAGUUAUUAUGGGAACAUGCAAUCCGUGCGCUCCAUAUUUCACCACUUUCAGGGAAACUCACGGUGGCAGUUGAGACAAAUGGAUAACUUUCGAAAUUCCCCUCAAAAUGUCUCGUCGUUCGGGGAGAAAAUAUUUAACAUGCUUCCCGUUACACUGUCGGCAGAUGCAAGUUAGCUCGAAAUGCGUUGGAAUUAAUGCGAUCGAAAAUUUCAAUACCUUUCCAAGCAGUCAACUACAGCAGCUGGCAUCAAGUACCGUUUCAUUGUAGAAAAUGUGUCGCACAGUUGUCUAUUUUUAUUAAAUACAAAACACAGAGUCACUUACUCGCGCGGUGCCAUGAGCUCGCUUGAGUUGACUCGGCCGGAGCGUGAACCUUGACGACUUUCUGGACGCGCGUGCAUGCGUCCGUGUUUUCAGACGCCUGAAGGCAAUAGCCUUUUGUGUAGGCAAGUCUGUUGUUCCAGCAGCAGCAGCAGCAGCAGCAGCAGCAGCAGCAGCAGCAGCAGCAGCAGCAGCAGCAGCAGCAGCAGCAGCAGCAGCAGCAGCAGCAGCAGCAGCAGCAGCAGCAGCAGCAGCAGCAGCAGCAGCAGCAGCAGCAAACGCCCGUCAAUUUGAUUCUGUCGUGCCAGCGUGAUUUCCCGCAUACAGACGCUGAUGCCAUCUGGGAGAUGCAUACGCUAAUUAGCCAUCAGUACCUUCAACUACUUUUCUAUGAAUACUGCAGCCGAAAGUCCUAG